CUCACAACUCUGCCCACCCAGAUGAGGAGUAAACCAAGAAAGGGGAAGACCCAGAGUCCAGGUGGAGAAGCUCCUAGGAGAGAGGCCAGAGAAAUCCCUGUGAAGAUGGUGAUGGGAGAGCCCAGGAGCAGAGGCAGUCCAUCCAGACUAGGUUCAGCGCUCCAGUAGAGACUUUCAGGAAGGGAAGAUGAUAGAACACCUAAUUCAAGGGAAUGUACUGAGUAGAUUUAGACAAUUGAGAGAGGAUUGGGCUAAACAUAGAAAAUUAAGCAUGUGAAAGUAAAAACUAUUUUUAGGGAAACUUAUGCAGUGUUCUGAGUUCUAUGUUGCUGUGUAACAGAUUACCUCCCCCCCCACUACCCAAACAGUGCCUCCCAACAAUACCAGUUUCUGAUUGUCAGGAAUUUGGGAGUGGCUCAGCUGGGGAGUUUGGCUCAGGAACUCUGCUGUCUCCUGAAGAUUUGGCUGAGGCUGAACAGUCUGCUGGCUGCCACACGCAGGAAGGAAAACAAAUCACAUUAUGUUCCUAAUAGUGUAUUUCAUAUGAAUCUAACCAGAUCACAGUAUAACUCUAUUGAGAAGACAAGAGUUGCAAAUAUGCCUUUGGUAAUAGGGGUGAAGACCCAAAAGAGGUGCGUGUGUUUGUUUAGUUAAAUCUUCUUCCACGAUAAAAAGUCAAUAGCUAGGCUGAAACCUAAUGAUCAAAGAGGGUCAAUGCUCACAUUUUCUAUUUAAAGAUGCAAAGGUACAUAUCAAAAAACAACAACAACAAAAAGAACAGCCAAGUUAGAAGUGCUCAUCUCAAGCGAUUGAGAUUGGCGAGCCUAGAACCUAAUGUUUUGCUUAGCAAACAUUGUUCCCUUGUUAAACAAUGAACAUGUAUAGCUUUGAUAAGAGCAAAGCUUAAAGAGGAAGUCAUAAAAGUAAUAAAUCUAGAUGAAUUUUUCUGUGUCGGGGUGGAGGAGGUAGGUCUUUGUAGGAUAUCAAAAGAAGAAAAUGUAAAGGAAAAAGAUAGACUUGGUCAUUGUGACUUCAUACUAAUUAAAAACCUCUGUACAUUAAACACACACACACAUAUAAAAUGGAAAGGGAAAAAGUAAGCCAGGAAAAUAAUCCUGAUACACUGUCCAAAGUGUUGGUGGCAAAAUAUAAACUAUUUCAGUCCUUUAAAAAUAUGUAAAUUGUUUCAAUCUGUCUCAGGGUCCAUUUGGCAAGUGAAUCAAAACCUUGAACCUGCAGGUAUCCUUUGACCCAGUGAUUCCAACUAAUUGUAACUAACUCUUGAUGUGCCCAAAGAUUUAGCCAUUCAUUUUCAUUUUCAAGAGACGAAAAACUUGAAGCAGUUGAAAUGAACAGUGAGUGAGUGAUGAUUCCUUUCAAGAUUGGGCAGCCCAAGAAACAGAUUGUCCCCAAAACAGUGGAGAGAGACUUUGAACGAGAGUAUGGAAAACUCCAGCAGCUGGAGGAGCAGACCCGGCGUCUGCAGAAGGACAUGAAGAAGAGCACGGACGCCGACCUGGCCAUGUCUAAGUCUGCUGUGAAGAUAUCCUUGGACUUGCUCUCCAACCCCCUCUGUGAGCAAGACCAGGACUUUCUGAACAUGGUGACCGCCCUGGACACGGCCAUGAAGCGGAUGGAUGCCUUCAAUCAGGAAAAGGUGAACCAGAUACAGAAGACUGUGAUUGAGCCCUUAAAAAAGUUCGGCAGUGUGUUCCCGAGUCUCAACAUGGCGGUGAAACGGCGGGAGCAGGCUUUGCAGGACUACAGAAGGCUGCAAGCCAAGGUGGAGAAGUACGAGGAGAAGGAGAAGACGGGACCGGUGCUGGCCAAACUCCACCAGGCCCGAGAAGAGCUUAGGCCGGUGCGGGACGACUUUGAGGCUAAGAACAAGCAGCUCCUGGAUGAGAUGCCACGCUUCUACAACAGCCGACUGGACUACUUCCAGCCCAGCUUUGAGUCCCUGAUCAGAGCACAGGUAACGAAGCUAAAGGCUCAGCAUGUCCCCAUCCGCCUCCAGCCCACCACCUGAGCUCCUGGCCUGGGUGUCUGGCGCCCUCCAGUGGACACUCUCAUUCUUGCAGCGUCCACAGUUGCAGACACUGAGGAAAAGCCAGGUUCCUCCCCCCAGCCUAUCUUGGGAGAGCCC